UGUUGGCACCAUUGGCAAGUGUAUCAUAGACAGGGAGGGCUGGCAAGGCAUAUAAAAGCAAAGGGCACAAGAGGCAUAGAACCCUGUUCUUGCUUCCUCAGCUCCUCCAAAGGGAAAUUGACAGUUUUUUUCACCCACCCUUAAUUGUAAACUGGAUAUGAGUUCGAACAGCAUAGCUUCGAAUCGUUGGAUGUCGGAGAAGAUGGACGGCUUCGAUCCCUCUCCCAAUUCCAAUUCAGAUAACGAAGAGGAGGGAGUUCAUGUACUGGCAGUGGAUGAUAGUCUUGUUGAUCGCAAAGUCAUCGAGCGUUUGCUCAAGAUUUCUUCUUGUAAAGUGACAGCAGUGGACAGUGGAUGGAGAGCUCUAAAAUUGCUUGGAUUAUUAGACGAAGAAGACAAGAGCAGCAGCUCCUCCUCCUCCUCAUCUGCUGGUUUUGAUGUGUUGAAGGUGGAUCUAAUUAUUACUGACUACUGUAUGCCUGGAAUGACAGGAUAUGAGUUGCUCAAGAAAAUCAAGGAAUCAACUACUUUCAGAGAAAUCCCAGUUGUAAUUAUGUCAUCAGAGAACGUGGUGGCUCGAAUCGACCGAUGUUUGGAGGAAGGAGCUGAGGAUUUCAUAGUGAAGCCAGUGAAAUUAUCAGACGUUAAACGUAUAAGAGAUUACAUGGCAAGCAGAGAGGUCAGAUCAGUUCAAAACCAGGAGGAGAGAAGCAGCAGCAAUAUCAACAAGAGAAAAUUACAAGAGUGUUUUGAUCUAUCUUUAUCUUCAUCGCCACCCUCUAUUUCAUCAUCCUCAUCAUCCUCGUUAUCAUAUCCCUCACGGUCUCCGUCUCUGACGCCAUCUCCACCAUCGUUGUUUUCUUCAUCAGCGCCGUGUUCUCCCUCGUCGUUAGAUUCUCCGACUAGACGGCUCAAAAUGACGGGCUUCGAUUAGAUCCUUAACGUCAUACCCAUCAUCAUUUGAUUUACGGAGCCUCCAAUUAGACAAUGUUGCAAUUCUCCGUUAAUUUUAACGGUUUUGAUGCGAAUUACAUAGCUUCUUACUCUUUUGGCCCUA